GGCUGCACUUACACGCUUUCUCCCUGCAUCUGAAAACACGCGGAAAGGCUAAGAGAGACUGACGCGAUUUCGAGGAGCAAAGCCUCGGAGUGCCCUGUUCACUCCAUUGCAUGUGGGUAUCCUCUGGCACGCUCAGAGUUUGGAUAAGCGCAGCUUGCCGCCAGCAGCGGAGAUUAAAGUCGCGUGCUUAGAUGUGGAUGGCAGGGACUGGCUGGGUGGAAGCUUUUCCCCACAGGCAGGAACACAUGGCAGCUAAGGUCAGGGGGGCCCUGCCACAUCACAGCCCUAAAAAUAUCCUCUGCAUUUGAUGCCCUGUCACAGAGACGGUUACACAAUCUGCGCCCAGAACUAACCCUUCCUAUGUUCUGCCUUCGAGCGGUGCUUCACAACAAUCUGGCAGAGGGAUGAAAACAAAGGUCCUCCAUGUCUCGGCAAAGGGACCAUGUAUGGAAGGAAGCCACGGUGAGGAAAAAGAAAUGGCUUCUCACGAGUCAAAAGCCGGAUCAAAGAUAAACGCUGCAAAAGUAGCAGAGGAGUCCAGCACGGCGGACGAUUAUGUCACACCUGGGAGCUACGAGCUGGAUAAAAUCCUCAACCGUGGGAGCGUGGCUUACACUCAUGUCAACGAGGUCUGGCCUAACGUCUACAUUGGAGAUGAGGAGACUGCUCUGGAUAAGUGUACCCUGAAGAGGCUGGGAGUUACUCACAUACUGAAUGCAGCAGAAGGAACAUGGAACAAUGUGGACACUGGACCUGGCUACUACAAAGACAUGGACGUUGUUUAUUACGGUGUGGUUGCAGAAGACAUCCCAACAUUUGACCUCAGCCAGCAUUUCUUCUCUGCUGCCGAGUUCAUUCGGGAAACACUGAGAAAUCCUCAGAAUAAACUGCUGGUUCAUUGUGUGAUGGGAAGGAGUCGGUCUGCCACCCUCUUUCUCGCCUACCUGAUGAUCUACGAGAACAUGACGAUUGUGGACGCCAUCGAGCACGUAAAGAGCCACCGACGGAUCAUCCCUAACUGGGGCUUCCUGAAGCAGCUGAGGGAACUAGACCAACAGCUCCUGGCGGGAAGAGGAGGCUUAUAAAUUUAAGAGUCAAAUCAAGUCAACUAAACUUGAUAAUUGUGCAAGGAUUUAAAAAAAAAAAAAAAAAAGUAAAUGUAUGUUUUUCACAUCCUUGAAUAUAAAUAAGAAAAACAUUUGGACAAACAAGCCUUCUUAAUACCAAUUCAGAUAUUCACUGUGUGGCCUUGAAAAGACACUUCACAGGUUUUGGUUUCAUUGUCCUGGUUUGGAUAACGCCUUCACUUUUUUUUUUAAAGAGAAAUCCAAGUUGUGUUUCACAUAAAAGGAGAACAAUCAA